GUAUGAAUAUGGUAUUGGAAGAUCUUUCCGUUGAAUUCGACUCUUUCGUCGUCUCUGAAAAUGGUAUUUUGUCAACCGGGAAGGUUAUCCGGAUAUUACUAUUUCCCUUAAUAUGCUAAUCUUAGGGUCAAAGUUUAAUCACACACAUGGUAAAGUGUCAAAACAUAGCAACUUGGAGUGACAAAUGAAUAUACUGCAUUUUUGUGGAAAAUGAGAUGAUAUCCGAAAAUAUAAACUGUACACAGUCUGUAGUUGGAACUCGCCAAGUCUACGCCGGUUGAGGGAGUGCUGUUGCAUUCAACUCGUUGCAUUCGUCAGUUCUCACUCCUAGUGGCACUAUAGUAACGCGCUGUCAUUUCUGAUCGAUCAGUGCUACUGAAAACUGCGGAUGAAAUAUUACCACUCGUUGUACCAAUCGAACGCUGGCCGAGAUAUCGGAAAGAUAUUACACAGUGGUAUCUGCUUGUUCGUACCUCGGCAUGUUGGUUUCAAAGGUCACUCCCUAUCUCUGACCUAGACUUGUAAACGGCUAUAAAUAAUACGACGUCCGAUUGACUUAGCGGUGUUAUAUAUCUGGAUUGUUACGAAAUACAAUACGCUGGUGUGGGUUAUAAAUUAAUUCAGGUGUAGUGUGUAUAAAUGUUCGCUAAUCUGACAUACAGUAUAAAAACAGUACGUUCUGUGCAUUUCACAGGUAUACAAGGACGGGGACGUGCUUAAAGGGCGGUUGGAGUGAGUCCAUAACAUUUAAAGUAUUAACCAGGAUACAACGACGACAUCAUGGUGGGCUAUUUUGGGGGAGAUCGUGGACAAUCGAAGGACGUUUACGACGAGGUAGAGUUAAAGGACCUCCCAAAAAUGGUCGAUCUAAGGAAAGAAGUUAACUCAAUCCUGCAAAAGUCUUCUUGGUGGGAUCUUUAUGGUGUUGACUGGGUGAUCACGUUCGUCGUGUUCGGGAUGGUGUUUGUCGCCGUGUACCUGAUGUCGUUUGACAGUGCUCUAGCCGUGGCUCUGGGUAUUCUUAUCUAUGGUUACUGCCACAGUUCUAUCACUGUUAAAGGCGCACAUGCGGCGACCCAUGGAUCCGUGUGUGCCUCAACUGCAUGGAAUCGCGUGUGGAUGAUUCUGUUUUCGGAUAUUGUCGGAUCAUUUCCGUCGGAUGCAACAUAUGACAUACACAUAAAGACCCAUCAUCCGCACACAAAUAUAAUCGGACUCGGAGAUUCUAGCACGUGGAAAAUCCCGUUUUUGCCGACGUAUGCUUACAUGUACGUGGCGCCAUUGUUUAUUCCCGUCAUUACAAUACCCGUGUCUAUAUCAGAACUGUGGGGGAAAUGGUUUAAAAUGAUUAAAUACUUAGUGUUUACAGCCAUUGGACUUUCGAUAAAUUUUUACUUUUUGAUGAACAUGUCUGGAUUUACAUUCACGCACGCGCUGUUGGUCACCUGGGUGGCACGUGCAAUGCUGUCUAUUCCAUACAUUCACGUGAAUAUUUUCCAGCAUAUCGGACUUCCAAUGUACUCCCAGAAAAGUCGUCCGGUGAGGAUUUAUCAGAUGUCUACGGGAGUGUUGAACCUUCCUCGGAAUCUUAUCCUGGACUACAGCUUCGGACACUCCAUCCUGAGUUGUCACGUUGAGCACCACCUGUUCCCGACCCUCUCCGACAACAUGUGUCUUAAGAUCCAGCCGACGGUAUCACGGUUCCUGAAGAAGAACGGACUUCCGUACAAUGAGGAUACGUACCAGGGCAGACUAGAGAUUUUCACCAAGAAGUACAAAGAAUUGAUGGUGAACGCCCCGCCGAUCACACAUUUUGUGGGGAUCCAGUAGUGGCGCUACUGUAGACACGAACUCGACGUAACAUGAUCGAGCUAGUGAUUUGGUUUUUACUUUGAUAACUUUUAUGUUUGCAAACUCAGUGCUAAUCUGUUAACUAUUCAACCGUAAAUCAGUCUAGUCUAUUAAUUCUGGAAAGCGGGUUUCCUUGAUAUUCGGAUUAAAACAAAUCAGAUUUAGGAUAUUCGGACAACGGAUAAACAAGUCCUAUCCGGUUCAACAAUAGUCCCACGUCCCACCCAGACUCGUUAAAAAGGCGGAAGGUGGGGUGGGGGUUAUUGUUUCUCGGGCAUUGGCUAUACACAUGGGGUGCAGAAAUUUCGAGCGGAUGGGUGGACAACUACUUGACAUUGUGGACGCGUGUGUAAUAGAUGGACAACAUAUCUCUACGGUCAAGGACAGAACUAUUCACGUGUAAAUAUUGUAGUAAGUAGCCGUCCGGAGAAUGAAGUAUAAAUGUUUAAUUAUAAUGACCCUGGUGUAUAUUUUCUACCUGAUGUUCGAAAAUGUUCUGCUAGUACUUUUAAAUACACGUGUACAGUAAUGUAUUUUCGGGCGUCCUGCUAUGCCUAUCGUUUCUGAUAAAACAGCGAAAAAUCACUUGAAAAUACAAUUAAAACCUGAAGUCUACAAUAAAUGGAUUUUUAAAUAUAUUAACAUAUCAUAUUGCUAUUAUAUCGACAUAAAUAAAACCUGUAUGUGGUUUGAGAACAUCGGGUAGUUCCCCGGUUUUCUACUUAAGUCCUUGUCCUGACGUUUAAUGCAGUGGUAGGGUAUGUGUCGGUAUGUCUGCAGAUGACGGGGUUUAGAAGUUAUAGAUUAAGGUAGAGAGUCCCAGCGCUCCGUGUGUUGUACCUCCAACGAAAAAGAUUUCCAAUGUGUUUGGAUUUUCUGACUUAGAAUUGCUUGCUCAUUUACUGUACACGUGUAUACAAAAGAAGUUAUUAUAAUCUCCGUUUUCCACAAAGGCAUACAUCCACUGCUAGGAUUCGACUUUCGGACCUGUUUGAUUAUGAAGCCGCUGGACCUUAACACCGCGCUACCGAUCUUAUUUGUCUUUUAAUACAUUUUUGUAUCCUCGCUGGGAACACAUGUAGUUUUAAAAGCCCCCAUAAAAAACCACAAUCAUUUUUGUUUUUGUAUGUAGAUUACAAAAAAAACAUGAAUAACACGACAAAAGCCCUGUAGACAAUAGAAUGUGAUGUGAUUGUCUACCUAGUAUAACAACUUCUGCAGUCAUUAAGCACUUAAGUAUUGUUAUUUUGUUGUUGAUUUUAAUAAUUUUUAUUUUAUUAAUUUAUUAAUUAUUGUUUUGUUUUGUUUUUGUCUUAGGGACUAACUAUACUGAUAAUGAUAGAAUGAAUAAAUACCGUCUAAACAUUGAUAAAAAAUAUCUUCUCAAUCCUUAUAAUUUAAUUCUAAACUUAAAAAGGAAAAAGUUUCCUUGCACUAAAUAUGUAAUUUUCAUUUAUAACAAGUAUUUGUUUAUGAAUGGUGCGAUAUUUUUAUGUUGGUCAAUCACUGUGCGCGUGCUAUGACGCGACAAUCUAGUUGAGCCGGAACUUUUAACAGGCUCAUUUACAUACUCUCUCAAAUAAUGACGCUGGUAGGGAAUAUUUCCAUGUCAUCUGAUCUAAUAUCGAGUAAUGCUCGAUUUUCCAAUGUCAAAAGAAGUAUGCAGACGAUUAAUCAAGUGUGACAGAUGACUGUGUUUUUUGAAAAUGCGUUUUACAAACAAUAUUAUAUUAUUAUACCAUGUGCCAUAAUUACACAUAUAGGUCAUAGUUUGUUUGCCUAGUUUUGCAGCCGAAUACAGACUGCUUCUCCUAGCAAAAAGUGCGUUGUUACCCCUUGUCACCCCCUUCCCCGAAUAAACAGAAGGACAUAAUGUUAUAUUGUCACAAUUCAUGUCGGAAAGGACUGUUGUAAAUUUAAAUUUCAUGUACAAAAGCUAGGCACAACUACUACAAACAGUUAAUAUGUGUCGUGUCCUGGUGUUCAGUACUGCUAUUCUAUGUUUAGAACUUCGGUUUAAUUGGGUGCUGUUACUGAUUUUUGACGCCUACUGGUAGACAGUUUUACUUCCGAUGUUAAACGCUUCAACUUCUGUUAAGCUAAACGGCAAGUUAAAAAUAGAUAUGGCAGUUUCCGGACAGUUACUGUUUAUAUGUCUUAUUUACAUAUGUAUUUUGUCUAUGCCUUUUUGUCUUAUUUUAAUAUUUAUAUUUAUAGUAUUGUUCUCAUAGACCUUAACCCGAGCUUCCUCUCGCCCCAACACAAGACAAUCGGAAUUUGGACAGAUGUCACCUGACAAAAUGUCUAAAGCCUGGUGAUGGUGCCAGGGGAAACUGUCAAGGACCUGAUGAAUAGUUACCAGGUACUGUUUGGACCUAUGUAGAAUAUAUGCGAAAGGUCCAAAUAUACAUCCUGUGACAUUUUAUCAUCUUCCUGUGUUAUAGUCCUGUUGUCGUCCUCAUACCCCAGGGGUUACGUACUUGUAGAGAGCGAAAGUGAGCAUAACUCCUGGAGUAUGGAGGAGGUCCUGUUGUCGGUUGACAAAUAAUAUUCCGUAUCACAGGGACAUAUCAUAUUCUAUAUAACGAGUGUCACACUAUACAUCAAGUAUAUCAUAUGUAAUUCGACGUUACAUGUAUAUAGCAUGUGACAUGACCCUGUGUUCUGUAUCUAGUUCGACACAGGGACACGAGGCAGGUAUUCAUUGCCGUAGGAAUAUUGUGUAAAAAAAAAUAUGUAUACCUAUUCCAAUGACUAUUAUUUUAACAUGCCUUUUUGUUUAAUGUAGCUAUCGCAAUAUCUUGGUUAUUUCCGUUGAAGCUUUAAUUACUAGCCUUGACGGAAAUGGCCGAGCUUUGACGGAACUGGCCGAGAUGUACUUAUCAUUUGAUGUAUACACUUACAUGUAUGCCUUUAAUUCAUUUCAUUAAUGAACGCGUAUACAUGUCCUCAAUAUCCUCCAACGUACCGUGUCUAUGAAUUUAGCUCAGCUGAAAGUGUAAGUUUUCCAAAGAAACUUAAGUUCGAACUCGGCUCGAGUAGAACUCGAACAUAGAGACAUGGUUAUUAAUUACGGAAUGCGCAUUUGGACCUUUCCUGGCGUGUAACGAGUAUUAUAGUUCUUAUAAACGUUAAGGGAAAAUUAAGAUCCCCACCAAUGAUGGUAUGUGUUGAUUUAAUCCUCUUAGAUGUAUUACAAUACAACCUACACAUAAGGAUGGGUCCAAACUGACAAAAAGACAAACACGUGUAACUAAUUAUUUUGUUGGUGAUUUUUCUCGCCGCCAUGACAACGUGUGCAGAUAUAUCUAUGAUCAAUAAGUGAUGUGUGAUUGUAGAAUUAAAUUGUAUUUUAAGAUUGAUUUUAUUUAUUUGCUUCUUGGUAAGGUCUAAUUCAACAUGUUCGUCAGGUAAUAAGCCAUUAUGUUGAUUAAACUGCGUUUAAUGGCCAAUGAACAUUUAUUGUUAAUCAUUUUAAUGACUGUAUGCAGGUAUUCGUGUGCAACGAAUUGAUGGUUAUAAUUUUAUCGCGUGUGUUUUUAUGUUAACGCCAUAAACACUUUGCGAUCACUGGCCUUGUGUUAAUUGUGUAAGGAGCCUCGAACAAUAAAAAUUACACGUUC